UGUCCAUUCAACCUAUAAAAGACGACAAAGCUGGAAAUCAAAUCAGUGUCACCGAUUUCUAGUCUACAGGGAAGAAAGUGACAAUGGUUGCUCCGGCAUCUUUGGCAUUGCUUUAUCCAACGCUGCUCACAGCGUUGAUGGAAGCUAAUUACACUCUCAUCCCAACUGAAGAUGGAGUACCGCAUUUGGUUAAAAUCGACUACACACCUCUCACGGCAGAUGAACUUCAAACUUUAGCUUAUAAUGUUGAAUCUACCUCUUUCACGCUUUUCACACGGAAGAACCCAACAGCCGGACAAAACCUAAUACUGAACGAUGCCAACAGCAUUCGGUCGAGCCAUUGGGACCCGAAUCAAGUCACUGUUUUCGUCACCCAUGGAUGGAGAAGCAGUGGUACUUCAAAAGCCUGCACGCUCGUGCGUGAUGCAUAUCUCAAAGCUACAGCUUAUAAUGUGAUUGUUGUUGACUGGAACUCGGUAGCUUCGAAUCCGACAUACAGACCAGCUGCCCAUGGUGUACCAAGCGUGGCUGACCGCGUAGCCAAGUUCAUCAAUUUCAUGAGAACAUCAGUCGGUCUGAAAACUCUAGCUACGAAACUGGUUGGACACUCUCUGGGUGCCCAUGUAUCGAGCUUAGCCGCGAAAACUGUGACAGCGUCUAGCCCGAUAGCUGAAGUUGUCGCUCUUGAUCCCGCCAAGCCGAUGUUUGAAAGUAAUGGACCGAACGACAGAGUCGACAAAUCACAUGCCAGACACGUUCAAGUUCUUCACACCUGUGCAGCGAUAUUGGGCAUCAAAAUCUCAAUUGGUAGCUCCGAUUUCUUUGCUAAUGGUGGAGAAAGUCAGCCUGGUUGCGGUAUAAAUGUAACGGGUCAAUGUGCUCAUGGACGUGCCUACGAAUACUUCAGCGAAUCCAUAACAAACUCGAGAGGUUUCCGUGCCGUUGCUAAGAACGGUGCAAUUGCAUACAUGGGUGGUCCCACUCUUGAUCAAAGUGCUAGAGGAGACUAUUACUUCCAGACAAACAGCCAAUCUCCUUACGCCCGCGGUUAAUGAAGCAAUGUUAUGAUAUUUGGAUAAAAAAAAAAAAAAAAAAAAAUGUAUUA